ACACUUAAACACACUCUUGAGGUGAUGGCAACUCUGGACAACAACAAUGCUGUGUAAUAAACAAAACAUAUUUUUUAUACAGAACCACAACCAUUCCCACAGCUAAAAGGCAAUUAUGCGAAAGACAUGGGUGAAGCGAGAAAACAUUUACUACAAGCCUUUCUACAAGCAGAAGUCCAAGAUGUUCCUGCUGCUCAUCUUCCUGGUCGGCAUAUCCUUCAUCGCCUAUCAGGCCUUCUCGCUGAACCAGCUGCCGGGCGUGCCUACGCCAUGGAACCUGCAACAGAUCAAGCGGAAGCACCAGCAGAUGAGACAGUCGCUGGGCAGCAAACAGCGCGACGUCGACGAUUUCGAUGGCGGCGGAGGCGGUCCGGUGGCUCCAGCUGCACCUGUGGGCGGUGGCACGGCUGCUGGAGCCGGGAACGAGGAUCCAAUCAAGAUCAUAAGGGGCACCCGGCUCUUCGACUACGAUGCCUACAAGCCCAACUUCGAGGGAAAGUUCAGGUGCCUAGAUGGCACGAAGGAGAUCCUCUUUGAUCAUCUCAACGACAACUACUGCGAUUGCGAGGGCGACGGCAGCGACGAGCCUAGCACGAACGCUUGCUCCGCGGGGCGAUUUUACUGCCGCUACCAGAAGCGUCACAUCACAGGCCGGGGCCUGGAUGUUUACGUGGCCAGCAGCCGGAUAAAUGACCACGUGUGUGAUUGCUGUGACGGCAGCGACGAGUGGACGACGGCGGUCAAGUGCCCCAACAACUGUGCGUAGUCCAGCGACAGCUAUCCUCUUCCACAUCCACCUUCCCACCACCUGUGCGCACCAAGGACAUCAAUCUCAAUGAUGUAGCUGUCGGGCACAUCACAAGCGAUAUUUUUUGUACGAGUACAAUAGAAUUGUAAUUUAUUUUUAAAAUAAGUAGAUGGAUUAAAAA